CGGGCUCCUUGGGGCCUCCUCCAUCUUUCUAGCCCGCCGCGUUGCCGCUGCCUGAGGGAAAGAUGGCACAAAGGGGCCGCGCCGCCAACGCCGCCUCCCGCUGGACCUCCGGCUUGGCAGACUGAGGGGAGGAAAAAGGGGGCCAACUUUUGAAUGUCCAAUGUGUAUCUCCAGUGAGAAUGUCGGAAACUAAACCAGCCAUUUCCCUUCCAUUCCACUUGUUACAAACUCUUAUGAUGCAAAGCCCACAAUUCAGGAUCUCAAAAACAUUGCUCUUAAAACUGUCUAGAUGAUUGUCGUUGCUUUGAUUGUGUUCUAUGUGAGCAGAAGCCUUUUCCAGGGUUUACGGCUGACUCUUGAACAGCAUAUUCGUUGUUUGCUGCAAACCUUGGGGGCUAGCAGCAUGGGCAAUUCCUGUGUUUGUCGAGAAGAUAGUGGGCCAGAAGACAAUGUGGAGUCCAGGAGUCGCCAGGGAGAGAACAGCAGAAUACCUGUACCUGAAACGAGGAGCCACCUGAGAGACCCAGUAAGGCCCCCUCGGCGGGGCCGGGGGCCACAUGAACCAAGGAGAAAGAAACAGAAUGUGGAUGGAUUAGUACUUGACACGCUGGCAGUGAUUCGAACUCUGGUUGACAAUGACCAGGAACCCCCUUAUUCAAUGAUGACUUUGCAUGAAAUGGCUGAAACAGAUGAAGGCUGGCUGGAAGUUGUCCAAUCCUUAAUUAGAGUUAUUCCAUUAGAAGAUCCCCUGGGACCAGCUGUUAUAACUUUACUACUGGAUGAGUGUCCGUUGCCAACAAAAGAUGCGCUGCAGAAGUUAACGGAAAUACUGAAUUUAAGUGGAGCUGUAGCUCGCCAGGAUGCCUGCCAUCCUGCCAAACAUCGGAACACAACUGCAGUACUGGGCUGUUUGGCAGAAAAACUUGCUGGCCCUGCAAGUAUAGGUUUACUCAGCCCAGGAAUAUUGGAAUACUUGCUGCAGAGCUUGAAUUUCCAGUCCCAUCCAACAGUAAUGCUUUUUGCACUAAUAGCCCUGGAAAAGUUUGCACAAACAAGUGAAAAUAAAAUUACAGUUUCGGAAACAUGCAUCAGUGACCAGCUUGUCUUGUUAGAAAAAUGGACAGAUAACCCAGACUAUUUAAAACGCCAAGUUGGAUUCUGUGCCCAGUGGAGUUUGGACAAUCUGUUUUUGAAAGAAGGAAGACAGUUUACAUAUGAGAAAGUUGACUUGACCAACAUUACAGCCAUGCUGAAUAGUAACGAUGUCAGCGAAUACCUUAAGAUCUCACCAUGUGGGUUGGAGGCCCGAUGUGAUGCCUCCUCUUUUGAAAGCGUUCGAUGUACCUUCUGUGUGGAUUCUGGAGCUUGGUACUAUGAAGUCACAGUCAUUACUUCAGGAGUGAUGCAAAUAGGCUGGGCUACCAAAGAUAGCAAAUUUCUGAACCACGAAGGCUACGGUAUUGGGGACGAUGAGUACUCCUGUGCAUAUGACGGCUGCCGGCAGCUGAUUUGGUAUAAUGCCAGAAGUAAACCACAUUCCCACCCAUGCUGGAAGGAAGGUGACACAAUAGGAUUUUUACUCGAUCUACAAGAUAAGAAAAUGAUUUUUUAUUUAAAUGGAAAUCAGCUUCCUGCUGAGAAGCAAGUCUUUUCUUCUGCUGUGUCUGGCUUCUUUGCUGCGGCUAGUUUCAUGUCUUACCAACAGUGCGAGUUCAAUUUUGGCGCAAAACCUUUCAAGUAUCCACCGCCUGUUAAAUUUAGCACCUUUAACGAUUAUGCCUUCCUGACAGCAGAAGAGAAAAUCAUUUUACCAAGACAUAGACGCCUGGCCUUGUUAAAGCAAGUUAGCAUCCAAGAGAACUGCUGCACUCUUUGCUGUGAUGAAAUAGCAGACACAGAACUCAGGCCAUGUGGACACAGUGAUCUGUGCAUGGAGUGUGCCUUGCAACUAGAGACCUGCCCGUUGUGUCGACAAGAAAUACAGACCCGAGUCCGACAGAUUGCUCACAUUUCAUGACACGUGGUAGAAUAUCUCAUGGAUUUUGCCUCUAACCCAUUCCAUCCAGUGCCAGCAGGGGAGAAGGGCACCCCGAACUAGCCCUUUGACCUCCUGAAACCCCCGCCGUGCCCCUUUUUUUGUACUGAACAAGAGUGUUUUUUCUCAUAGGAUGAAAAUCUGUUAAAGCGACUCCACCACCUCAAAGCUGUGGAAUCUUCUUUUAACAGUAAUGAAAGCUUGGUUGGGCAACACAGAAAUUACCUGUUUGGUUUGUCUGUAGCCAGGACUGUUGGAGUCUCAUUUUCUUUUUCUUCCUACCCCUUCCCCUUUUCUUCCUCCAUCUUUCCCUCCUGCUUUCUGAUCACAUGCUGAAGAUUUUGCACUGGAAACGUUAUGGUUCAUGAUCCCCCUAAAAUGGGGACAUAGCCAUCUCUCAGACUUUUAUUUGGCAGCCAUCAUGCAUAUGAAACAAAAUGCCAAUAUUUCCUGGUCAAUGUAGCUUCCUGCUGGUCAGAGACCAUCUGUAUUUUUUUUUGGACUGUUAACAUGAAAAUAUUCAAAGACUUGAAAUCUACAUGAAGAAACUGAUUUUGUACAGAAGGUUCAGAGACUAUAGAAGAAUCCAAAUUUUUUUGAUAACUAAGUGAUUCCAAAGAACAUUAAUCUUUUUUUUAAAAAAACUACAGAAACUUGGUGGUAUUUUCAUUUGUAGCAUUUCUGAUUACUUCAACUUCAGUAUCUACCUUUUUGUGGAAAGGAAACUAAUUUUCAGAAGGAAUCCUUACAAUAAUCACCGUGCUGGACUGGAAAGUUUAUUUGUGUAUUUUUAAGGUACCAUCUGUCAUUGCUUUUUUUAAAAAGUCGGUAUUAGUUCUUGCAGGUUCUGUACAUUUUAAAAAUAUUGAGCUAUAGAUCUCAAAAUCUGGAAAGGAUACAGAGCAAAACAUGUUAAUAUCGUUUUGAAAGAAAAUACAUGUUUGAAUAGCAAAAUCAGCCUAGGCUUGUUAAAGUGGAGGGUUUCUUUUAUGUUGUUGUUUAAGCAGACUCAGUCUUAUGCUUUUAUUUUUUACCAGGUUCAUGCAUACACACCAAACAUCCAUGCUUAGGUUUUUCCUGAGCUGAAAUAGCAGGGCUUCAAAACUACUCCAGAACAGUCCCAAGAAAUUCAAACAGUUGCUUUUAUGUAUGCAUGGUUGGGUAUAAGCCUUCAUUUAAGGAGCUGCAGAAGAAAAAUUCCAGUUUCAUAACCAUAUUGGCUUUUUAACUAAUCAAAUGAAAGUAUGGUUCUAGCCCUUACGACUGUGACAGUUACUUUAAAGCGCAGGUGUACUGUGCCGUCUUGAGAUCUCAGAAGCCAGAGGGCUGGUUAAAGAAGCUUACCCAGGGUUAGGGGGUGGGCGCCCUACAUAUCUUCCUACCCUUCAUUACUUCUGUGGUUAGGAGAAAUUAAGCAAAUUUCCUUGGUUCAGAGGGGGUGUCAAAUUCACUAUUUGACGCACAAAAAAUUAAACUCUGUAGAGAGUGUACACAUACCACUUAGGUUUCAUCUUUUUGAGCUUCAGUUACCAGUUUUACAUUUCUAUCCCAAAUACAUUUCCCUUGGAAAGUAGUCUUCAAUUUAAUUUCCGUCUACAUCGGCUUACUCCUGCACAACCAUUGAGCAGGAUUUAGAAAAAAAAACUACAAAUGAUUCUUUCCACUGUGCUUGUGAUCUCCCCCCCCUUUAUUUUGAAACUGAAGGGUUUUUUUUAACGGUUUGUGAUAGAAGCAUGAAUGUUUACUGUUGGAGUGGGGAGGAUCAAGUGGAUUCUCCUCCUUUACCUUUUUUCCUCAGAGCCGUUGUGCUAGCUUCACAGCCAAAUACCAAAAAAAAGUGGUUAUUUUAACUUCACCAGGGACUCCUCCUGUAGUGGACAUUGGAGUCAUUUCCUAAGAAGAGCCAGGCUGGAUCAGACCAAAGGCACAUCCGGUCCAUCAUUCUGUUCACACAGUGGCUGACUAGCUCCGUCUAGGAAGCCUACAAGCAGGAGAACGACUGCAACAGCGUCUUUCCACCCAUGCUUCCCUUGGGGUAGGGGCUGUGGUUCGGUGGUAGAGCAUCUUCUUGGCGUGCAUAAAGUCCCCGCAUCAAUCCUUGUCAUUUCUAAUUUUAAAAGGGCCCUAGGCAUGAUGUGAAAGAGCUCUGCCUGAGCCCCUAGAGAGCCACUGCCGGUCGAAGUAGACAGUGCUGACUUGGUGCACCCAGGGUCCGGUUCCAUAUAAGGUAGCUUCAUGUGCUCAAUUUCAGAAGGAGCUUAUCUACUGCUUCAUUUCUGAAACAACAGUAGUAGCUGCUCCACAUCCCAAAAUUGCCUGCAUUGCUCCUAAGGCCCAGCACCAUCAAAGUGGUCUUCCUGAACACAACGUGACACUGCACAAUGAGGUCUUUUGUUCAUUUAGAAUA